AUGAUGUAAGCGAGAAUCUGUCACCGGGGUGGCAGCUGAACUUAUUAAAGUGAGCCACCGAUCGGGCGCUCGGAGGAGCGGCGCCCAUCAACGUCUUUGCGUCACUAAACUUAGCUACGUCAAGCUGCGAGGAACAUGGAGGUGGCAGGACGGGCGGACGCCACGGCUUGUGGCCCGGGCGCCGUCUCGCGCGCUUGAGCUUCCUAACGGCCGCGGCGGGUGAAGCAGCAUGCGGCGGGAGUCAUGGGCUUUCUGGAAAACUACCAGGAGAUCGACCCGGUCACCCUCAACUUGUGCAUCCUGAUCGCCAGCUACGUCAUCCUGCUCCUCGUCUUCCUCAUCUCGUGUAUCAUGUACGACUGCCGCGGGAAGGACCCCACCAAGGAGUACGCGCCCGACCCGCAGCCCACCCAGUCGCCCAUCCGCCUGGUGGUUAUGCAGAGCUCCCCGGCUCCCGUGGCGCGCUGGGAUGCCGCCGACAUGGUCGCCACCUACCACGAGCCCUCGCAUGCUGAAUUCCGGGAGAAGAAGAGCACCAUGGUUUGA